ACAUUUCCCGCCAGAAUAUUUUUGAUUCCAUUUUGAAAUAUCGCUACUUACUCACUAACGACUUUAGCUUUUCUUCCGCCACUCAGAAUCAGGACCCCUCUCUCUCUCUCACACACACACACACACACACACACACACACACACACACACACACACACAUUCUCUCUCUCUCUCUAGAAUUUUGAGAACGAUGGAAGUGAAAGAAGCGGGAGCGUCACUUGAUGCACUGAUUUCAUCGUUCAACAGCCGCGUCGCCGAGCUACAGCAGCUUGUCAUUGCUCGCAACAUGUAUCCGGCGGGCAGCGUCAGCGAUUUGACGGCGAUUGAUGCGUCGCUGAAGGGCAUGGAGCUUCAGGUCCAAAAUAUUAAGACUCGUUUACGCGAAGAAACUCGAGCAAUUCCUAAAGCCAAAAAAUUAAUAGAGGCGGCACUGCAGCAACAAAAGAAAUUGGAGACUAUUUCCGCUUGUGUUCCGUCUUCCGUCACCGAUACAAAUACCAAAUCGAAUCACGAUGCUAGCAAAUGCGUGCAAAGAGACGAGUACAAGCAUGAUCUUGGAUUUGAUUCUUUAAAGCUCGAGGAGCCUGCACCGAAAGAGAAAAAGGGGCGACCCUCCCCUCCAAUGUGGUAUGUCACGGCCGACGAGCUGAAUUCUGUGUCAUCGUAUAUGAAACAGAGGCUCACUCUGGAGAAAAUGAAUGCUGCAAUUGAAGACAUGGCAAGUUAUGCUGAAGCAAAUGCACAGCUUAUUGCAGCACCGAGACGAAAGCUGACCGAGAGUAACAUUGACAAGGCUCUGGAAUUAAGGGAGAUUUCAACGACAGACGGAGUGAAAGGAAAACACUUCUUUCUAGAAUCAGAUAUUAAAGGGCCUUCACUGAAACUUGACAACACCGGAAAAGCACUGUUGACGGUUCUUCGUCAUUUGGGUCGGAUAAGCGAGACUCGAAUCGGGCAUAACCGAGUCAUCAUCCUACUGAGGCCGUAAGUAUCGAUUUUAUCUUACGAACAAAAAUUCAAGAAUUGCUCUCAUGUUUUUUGGACAAUGCAGUCUAUACUUUUUUAAGGUAACAUUUUUCUUGUUAAUACAUUAUCCAAAACAAUGCCACCUAAUCAUGAAUACAAAGAUUACAAGACACAAACAAACAAACCAAACAA